AUGAUGGUGAUGAAGGUAGAGGAGCUGGUUACGGGGAAGAAGAACAACAGCGGAGAGACUGGGGAGUUCCUUCCCGAGGAUUUCAGAGAUGGGGAGUAUGAAGCUGCUGUUACUGUAGAGAAACAAGAGGACCUGAAAACACUUCCGGCCCACUCCCUGAGCCUGGGGGAGCAGCAGUGGAAGAUUGAGAAAGAGCGAGAGGCAGAGCUCAAGAAGAAAAAACUAGAACAAAGAUCAAAGCUUGAAAAUUUAGAAGACCUUGAAAUAAUCAUUCAGCUGAAGAAAAGGAAAAAAUACAGGAAGACUAAAGUUUCGGUCGUGAAGGAACCUGAACCUGAAAUCAUUACGGAACCUGUGGAUGUACCUAGGUUCCUGAAGGCUGCCCUGGAGAAUAAGCUGCCAGUAGUAGAAAAAUUCUUGUCAGACAAGAACAAUCCAGAUGUCUGUGAUGAGUAUAAACGGACAGCCCUUCACAGAGCCUGCUUAGAAGGACACUUGGCAAUUGUGGAGAAGUUAAUGGAAGCUGGAGCCCAGAUCGAAUUCCGUGAUAUGCUUGAAUCCACAGCCAUCCACUGGGCAAGCCGUGGAGGAAACCUGGAUGUCUUAAAAUUGCUGCUGAACAAAGGAGCAAAAAUCAGUGCUCGGGAUAAGUUGCUCAGCACAGCACUGCACGUGGCGGUGAGGACCGGUCACUACGAGUGUGCAGAGCAUCUCAUCGCCUGUGAGGCGGACCUCAACGCCAAAGACCGAGAAGGAGAUACCCCUCUGCACGACGCCGUGAGGCUGAACCGUUACAAGAUGAUCCGACUCCUAAUUAUGUACGGGGCUGACCUCAACAUCAAGAAUUGUGCUGGGAAGACCCCGAUGGAUCUGGUGCUACACUGGCAGAAUGGAACCAAAGCAAUAUUUGACAGCCUCAAGGAGAACUCCUACAAAACCUGUCGCCUGGCCUCCUUCUGA